AUGGCGGACGAUCCUCCCAAGCCUGCCGCCGGCGGGCUUGGGUUCUCGCUCGCCGCCAAGCCCAAGCGUGGCAAGGUGGCGGUGCAGGUCCAUGAGCGCGCCGAGGAGCGCCAGCUGAUCACAGGCAUAGAGGGCUCGCGCAUCAGGACCGCGGCGCCAGAAGGCCCCGCCGAAGGGCCGCGUGUCAUCCCGGGUAUGGGCAACACGUACCGCGCCGGCGUCGGCCGCAGUGGCGGGGCAGCAGCUGUCGCUGGCAACGGCGCCGCCGGCUUUGUGCCGUCGUUCGUGCCGCAGUCCUCCAGCGAGGACCCACUGAAGUCCAGCAACCAGGACAGGUUUGUGGCGGCGCCGCAAGACGACGCGUCCAAGGCGGUGGUGAGGCAGUAUGGCCUCGUCAAGAUGGGGGCCCAGGACCCGCAGCAGCAGCAGCAGCAGCAGCAGCAGCAGCAGCAGCAGCAGCAGCAGCAGCAGCACGAUGGUGGCGAAGGCAAUGGCAGCAUGGCCGGGGACGGUGGCAUUGCGGUGGCGGCGCAGGGCGCAAGCAAUGCGGUGGACGCCGCCAACGGCGCAGCGGCGGCGCGCCAGUCCUAUGCGAUCCAGGGGCGUGGCGGGCGCAGUGACAAGGACAAGCUUGUUGAGGAGCUGCAGGAGCUGCCGGAGGAGAUGGCGCCAGAGGAGUACGAGGCCACGCCUGUGGAGGACUUUGCCAAGGCCCUGCUGCGCGGCAUGGGCUGGAACGACGGAGAGGGCGUGGGGCGCAGCAGGCAGAACGUGGAGGUCAAGCAGAUCGUGCCGCGGCCGGAGCGGCUGGGGCUGGGGGCGGACCCGGCGGCGCUGCCGCAGCACCUGCAGCGGCCCCGGGUCGUCAAGAUGGGCGACAAGCCGCGCCAGGACCUGGUGGCUGCGCCCGGCGCGGACGGCCGCGCGCGCCACCGCGUGGGUCUGGACGAGAAGCUGGUGCCGCGGGAGCAGACGCUGCCGGGGCCGCGGCCGGGCAAGGAGAUGCGCGUCGUGGGCGGGCGGCACGCGGGGCUGGCGGCGGUGGUGCGGGAGGUGCUGCCCAAGCAGGAGGGGCGCUCGGAAUCGUCCUCAUGCAUCUCAUUGCAACCAUCUCUGAACCACCACGCAACCCUUUUCCUCUUGUCAGACCGCGCUUUGGUGCGGCUGCACCCCAGCAACGAGGAGGUGGAGGUGCGCUGCUCAGAGCUCGGGGAGUUGGGCGACCACGGCAGCAGCGGCGGCCAGCAGCAGCAAACGGGGCGGGAGCAGGAGCGGCACCGGCAGGGGCCAAACGACGGGGGCCGCGGCGAGCGGCUCAGCAGCCGGGUGGCCGGAGAGAGGGACGGCGGUGGUGAGGAGCGGCAGAGGGAGCGGCAGCGGGACAGAGAACGCGGCGGCAGUGCUGGCGGCGUUGGUGGCAAGCGGGACCGACGCAGCAGGAGCAGGAGCGGCGGCCGUGACGGCGACGGCGGCAGCGGCGCCAAGCGGCGGCGCAGCGGCAGCGGCGAUGACGAGCGGGGGCGGGAGGCUGGCGGCGGCCCUAAAAAGCAUCACCACAGUCAAAAACAUAAGCACAGCCACAAGCACAAGCACAAGCACCACCACCACCACCACCACAGCAGUAGCAGUAGCAGCGAUAGUGACAGCGACUCCCAACCGCCGCCGCCGCCCCGUGCGACGUGGCUGUUCCCCAACAUCCGCGUGCGCGUGCUAGACAAGCGCGUGCAGGGCGGGAAGCUGUACCUGAAGAAGGGGUGCGUGGUGGACGUGCAUCCUGGGGCGCUGGCAGACGUGUGCAUCGACGAGACGGGCGGCGUGGUGCAGCUGCCGGAGCAGCAGCUGGAGACGGUCGUGCCCAAGCAGCCGGGGGCGCCCAUCCAGGUGGUCGCCGGGGAGUGGCGCGGCCGCCGGGGCCGCCUGCUACAGGCCGCGCGCGGGGGCGGCGGGGGCGGGGGCGGCGCGGCGGCGGUGCAGCUGGCGGGGGACAUGGCGGUGGUGCGGCUGGCGCUGGAUGAUGUGGCGGAGUACACGGGGGCCCUGCAUGAGAUGGAGGACGAUUGA